AUGUUUCCUGUAAAGGGCCUCAGUAUUUCGGCCGAGAAACUCAAGUCCGAAACGGGGGUUCCAGCCCCAUCUGCACCUUCAACUGCCACCCCGAAGCCGAAGCCUGCGAAGAAGCGCAAGAGACCAGGACAGACGGGGAAUGUGACGGCGGAAAACUUGGCCGACCUGUGGGAGAAAGUCAUUGAGCACAAGGGGCCAUCAGUAUCAGGGGCGAACAAGACACAACCGAGAAAGGACAACAAGCGCCAAAAAAAGGAGCACGAUGCUACUGUGUCAGACGGUCCUGAGGACGGGAACAGCACAAUUCAAUUAGGAAGCAAAGAGCAGCAGAACGAAUCCAGCGAUAAGUCCGACAAGAAACAGAAAAAGAAGGACAAGAAGGAGAAGCGGAGCUCGCUCACAGCAACGGCCCAAUCUGCGGAAGAGGCGGGAGAUAAAUGGAAUGGCAUCGACGACGAGGAGGAUGCUACCCAGGAGGUGAAGGGGAAGGCCGACAAGAAGAAGCAAAAAACAGGCGGCGAUAACAAGGAUGAUACCAAGCCCAUCGACAAGAAAGCCAAAUCCGAUGUAGCGGCUCCUCCGUCAGCACCUCCCGCUUCCGCCGCCCCGAAGCUCACCCCCCUUCAAGCCUCAAUGCGCGAGAAGCUUGUCUCAGCCCGCUUCCGCCACCUUAAUGAAACCCUCUACACCCGCCCCUCCGCCGAAGCCUUCCAGCUCUUCCAGGACUCUCCAGAGAUGUUCACCGAGUACCACGAGGGCUUCCGCCGACAAGUCGACGUGUGGCCUGAAAAUCCCGUCGACGGAUACAUCGCAGAUCUCAAAGCCCGCGCCAAAGUCCGCUUCCAGCCUCGUAACCCCAACGGCCCCGUCACCGCCGCCCAACUUCCCCUGCCCAAAAUGCACAGCACCAAAACCUGCACCGUCGCCGACCUCGGCUGCGGCGACGCCAAGCUCGCCACAGCUCUCCAGCCGUUCGCCCGGAAACUGCACCUCGACAUCCGCAGCUUCGACCUCCAGACAGGCGGCUCCGCGCUUGUGACCCGCGCCGACAUCGCCAACCUCCCCCUCGCCGACAACUCAGUCGACGUGGCCAUCUUCUGCCUCGCGCUCAUGGGCACCAACUGGCUCUCCUUCGUCGAAGAAGCCUACCGCAUCCUGCGCUGGCGCGGCGAGCUGUGGGUGGCCGAGAUCAAGAGCCGCUUCACCAACCCGGCGGCGGCGGCCUCGCGCAACAAGUCCAAGGUCGUCGCGCACAGCGUCGGCAACCGCAAGAAGCCGUCUGUCGCCGCUACCAAGCAGGCCAAGGCGGCCGCCGCCGAGGAGGAGGAGGCGUCGCACCUGGCCGAGCUCGCCGUGCAGGUGGACGGGGUCGAGGCCCGCACCAAGCAGCAACAGCAGCAGCAAGAGACUGACAUCGGGGCGUUUGUGGAGGCGCUCCGGAAGCGCGGGUUCCUGCUGAGCCGCGACCUAGGCGAGGGCGCCGUCGACAUGAGCAACCGCAUGUUUGUGCGCAUGCACUUUGUCAAGGCGGCGCCCGCGCUCCGCGGCAAGUGCGCCGCGCCGGGGGCCGAGGAGAAGGCGGCCUCGCAGGGGGAGCGUAAGUGGACGGAUGGCAAGGGGCGGACGGUGCAGGUGCCAAAAAAGAAGUUCAUGGAUAGGGAUGGGGAUGGGGAUGAGGAUAUCAACGAGGCGGCGGUUCUGAAACCGUGUGUUUAUAAGAUUCGGUAG